AUGUCUGGCGGUGACGAGCAGGGUUUUGAUGUCCGGUAUCGCGAGCCGCCGCUGUUUGGGCGACAAUCGUCGGCCCCGGCAUUUGGCCAAUCUGCCAAUGAUCACACUACCACUUCUUUAGACUCGCCGACCGACUCUUUCUCCUCCCAGGUACAAUCAUCGACCACGUAUUUUCCACAACUGUCGGGCUCCAUUCGACCCCAUAAUUCUUCCACUUCCACGAAUCACCUGUCGGUUGAUCAAUUGCAAGAUAGUAGAGGGCGGGAGUCUCCAGACCCUGCUGACUAUUAUCGCCAGCGUGGAUCCCUGUCAGGGACUUCGUCCAAUGUAAGAGAAGGGUUCGGCGAUGUAAUAACGGGCAUGGCUGCGGCCGACUAUCCUGCAGUCGGUGACAAAGUGUCACCCCUGCCAACAAACAUGUUGGAGUCAUCGCGCGCUAGACGUCAACCAUAUCGCUCAACCUCAGAUUCUCCAACAUUAGGAGCUCCCUCUACCAAUAUACCCCCGUUGCACACGAAUCCAAGGUCACGACAGCCGUCAUUCAAAGAUCUUGUCAACAAGUUCAAUAAAACCUCCGAUCAGAUCCUCCCUUUGCCAUCUAUUUCUCGUCCAACCUCAAGGGCACCAAGCCCUUCCGGAAGUGUUGACGGAGAGCGAAAUCGGGUGUUGCCACGAAGUCGUCAGUAUCGUGAUUCCCUACCAGAAUCGGCCACCUGCGAUCCUCGACCGAUAGUUGAUUCGACCCCAUCGUCACCAGAGGUAGAGAGAUUCGGCCCACCCCUAGACACAAACGGUGUUAUCCCGCCACCUCUGUUUCAACGGACCCCAGGGUCGCAUCCUCGCCGGCCAUUGUUUGGUGAACUGUUGCCGAUAAACACACAGGUUCACAACGGAGUUUUAUCGCGUCUGCAACAACGCCGCGGGUCGGAUGGAAGUAUUCCAAGCCCAAACCCAGCCUUCCUUGAGCAUCACGAUCAAUAUCCCGCAAGAUCACCACUCACGCCUACUGCAUGGUAUCUUGGACAUACAACUUCUUUGGAGGCCGUCCACGCCGGGAUAAAUAGCACCGGCAAACAUCGCCGAGUUCAAAGUGACUUGGAUAAAAUAAGAGAACCCCUUGCAGAACCGUGGAAUCCUGAAAUGGCAGUACCUGCGCCCUUGCGCCGGACCAAGCCCGGCCAUGGAUCGCCCCCGGACAGUCCAAAUUCCAAGUCUCGCAUUCCUGUCUUCUCGCACCGUCUCGUCACUGCUUCCGGUCCCGAAAGCUUAUCACCAUCCUCCAAUCCAACAUUUAGCAGCCGAUCAGCUGCCAUUACCUCGCCGCCCAAGGGCAGUAGCCGCCUUCCUAUUCCGUCGCCUAAACAAAGUCCUCCCCGCAUGCCAGCAGACGAUCCCGCUUCGUUCGCGACAACCUCUCGUGGUAGACGGGAUCUAACAAUUGGCCGAACCCGCAAUCAAUUAUCCGAAUCCAGCCGGCGACUUCAGGCCUACAUCGCUGAGCCACCGCCUAAAAAGUCGCCUCCGUUGCGCAGUUCACGACCCCGACAACCCGUCUCACAUGGUGCCUCAGUCUCCCCACGCUCCAAAAUUGGGGAUCGAGUUUUGAAUUUACAAAAACAAGCCAAGCACAACGACUCGCGGUCUCGUCCUGCACGCAAAUUACCUGAAUUGGGCAAGGUUGAUUUUGAUGCUCGCCGCCGGCACAUUCAACAGGCAAUCAAUCGACACUCAGGUAACCCGGGGGUUGAAAAGGAUCAGAAUGACAGAGGAUCGGACACAUCAGCUGCUGCAAAGCUUCGUCGUCACGCUUUGGCGCGAGAGCAGAAGACGAAUGAAGAUCUCAAGCAACCGACGGAUGAACCUACAAUUACCCCCAACCCGGUCAUGACCGCCCCGUCAUCCGAUGAGAUGGUCACGAUGGUCAAAGAAUUGAAUGACUCGGUUGAAUAUAAGGAAAAUAGAGUCCAUGUCGUUCCUAGACUGCACCUCAAUACUGCCCUCCCGGCAUCGGAUAUAGCAGCGCCCCACACAACAAUGGACUCUCCCACUCUCGGCCUCCCACAGGGCGUGAAGCCAACGUUUGUAGAUGACGCACAGCCUAGCGUUGAUGACACGACACACUCAGCCGCCACAUCAGACUCCGGCGAUACUCAUAUCACUACUUUUGAUCCGGAGCCGCAGCCGGGGCUACUCCCGGACAAUCCCAGCAUUUCUCAUCGAACUCUUCUGGAUCAAAUAAUGCAAAUCCGCGACAGCCCGAGUGACGACUCAUGCGACGACGAACCUGAUUGCAGUCUUUCAGAGAACGACGACAGAGAGUCCAUCCAGAUUAUGCUUGGAGAUACGACCUACUACAAUUCGUCUAGUAGCACUAAUACUCAUGAGGCUGAGCAUGCAUCAAUGAACCAGGCUCAAAAGAAGACUCAUUCUCACAAUCGAUGGAGCAUCAGUUCGUGGUCCUCUGUACAAAACCAACAUUCCACCUGUGACGAGCAGUGUGACGAGAGUGGAGAUGAUUCUUUGCUCCAAGGCCGUGAAACUGAACCACCAACUGAAAGUUGUUCAGCUGUCUCAACAAGGCCAGCUUCAAUAGCAGACAACGAAUCACCAGGUCCAAUCCAGGAUCACGGCGUAAUGGGACCGAACACACUCCGGGCAUCUGACCAGUUUCGAUCCGAACCCUUCUCUAACCCCCCAAGCUUGGCUAGAUUAGGCAAAUGGGAUUCGAAGCGUGCCACUCAGCUCUAUCUGGAGGAGUUGACGCGAGGCAGUAGCCAUUACUCCGGCUCAGCAAUUCACAACUCGUCUGAGCCCCGAUCUCAUCCCACCGAUACACGUACAGAUGGGCAACCCGAUAGUUUGACUGACGAUUCAGUCCUUAUACCACGUGCUUCCGAUAGACUCUCACACACAGCUAGUUUGGUUGGGCGUGAUGAUUGGGAACAUGCAUCUCCCUCUAUCAUGGACUGGAUGCAGAUCGCGGCUGAAGAUGAUGCUAUGACCCCCAACACUGAAACCGAUGGCAUGCGUACUGAAGGGUUGCUCACACCCCGCGUGGUGCCCUCGGCAGUCCACGACAUGGGUGCAUCGAGUACAAACAGUGGUCUUGGACUCUCCGUUGGUAUUCAAGCUUCCAGCGAACAGACACAGGCUCGUGUUUUCCCUUCGUCGACAUUCCCCCCGCCCUCGGCAACUCAUCUAAUUGAUAAUGAACCUCUUGGGGGUCAAAAUCCGCUUAAGCCAUUGGGCCAUAUUGAACUCGAUGACGGCGCACAUAAUGCUCCUAGAGCUGCGGGACAUAGCCCGAGCAGCAGUCAAGACUCUUCUUUCCAAAAUUUGGAGUCUAUUCAAUCUCCUGUAGCCGCUGAUUCCUCCGCUACUUCACUUGUUCCGUCCACUGAGCAAACUACUCGCAUUGAGCCAAAGGAUUCGCCUUCUCCUGAACAACGUCGUCUCAAGAAGCGGCGCCACAUAAUCAAGGAACUUGUUGAUACAGAACACACCUUUGGUCAUGACAUGAUCAUCAUUGAGGACAUCUACAAAAGGACCUCGCUCACGGUAUUGGAUCCCGAUGAUGUCAAGGUUCUCUUCGCCAAUUCCGAUCAAGUCGCGGCCUUCUCCGACAAAUUCUUGUAUGAUCUCAAGCAAGCAGCUCAAAGCAUCUACGUCAUACCAAAGGCUCUACGGUGGACCAGCAAGCGAAAGCGCAACAACCAGCCUGCAGCUUCUACUACUCCGGAAGCCGAUGAAGUAGCCGAGCUUGCGGGAAUGUCAGAACUCGAGAAGGAUCGCGCGACCUCCGUUGGUCAGAUUUUUGUUACCCACAUGGCGCAGAUGGAAAAGGUGUACACCGACUACCUGAAGAACCACGAUGCCGCAAACAAGAAGCUUCAGGUCGUGCAACGUAAUCCGAAAGUGGGCUUUUGGCUGAGCGAAUGCCAGAAGGGUGCCAUGGAUCUCACGACAGCCUGGGAUUUAGACUCUUUGCUCGUUAAACCAGUGCAAAGAAUCCUGAAAUAUCCUCUUAUUCUCCGAGACCUAUUAGAGUCUACGCCAAAUGACCAUCCCGACCGAGCUGCGAUUGCCAGUGCUCUGGAAGAGGUCACAAAUGUUUCUCAUCGUAUCAACGAGCUGAAGAAACGAGUAGACCUUGUUGGUCAAGCUGUCGGUCGAAAGCGCAACCAGUCCGAUGUGCGUACCGGUCUGUCUAAAGCCUUUGGUCGCCGCACGGAGAAGUUCAGACAGCAAGUCGGCCUCUCCGACUUGUUUGAAGAUAAAAUCUAUGAUUCGCUAGCGCAGAAGCUUAGCGACGGUUAUUUCCAGUUGCAGGUUGUCAUGCGCGACGCUGAGAGUUACACCCGGGAUAUGCAACUAUGUAUGAACCAAUUCAACGAUUAUGCCGAUUCGAUUGAAGGGAUUAUUAGCAUGUCACCAUCUCCGUAUCCACAGUUGGAGAGCAAGUGGCAUCAGUUCAAGGUGACAGUUCAGGAACUUGUGACAACUGCUCUCCCAGAACAUCUUGCGGUCGUCCGAAAAACGGUCAUCGAUCCGAUGGUUGAAUUACUAGGACUUUACAAUGCACCCCAGCGAGUCAUGCGGAAGCGCGACAAGCGACUCCCGGAAUAUGCGCGCUACAAGGCCAUCAAGGACCGUGGCGACAAACCUGACAAGAAGACUAUUGAGCAAGGGGAGCAAUUCCUGGCUUUGAACGAUACUUUGAAGGAUGAGUUGCCUAAGCUCUAUGCGUUGACUGCCAAACUGAUGGCAGCCUGUCUGAAGAACUUUAUCGAAAUUCAAACAGUGUGGUUCAGCGUUCUACAGAAAAAGAUUGGCGUUCAUGUGGAAUUGUUCCCCAAUGACCUCGACAGGCUUAUCAGCGACUUCAAUAGUGACCACACUUUAAUGGAGGCACGAAUUGCGGAGCUAAGCUCUUGCAAUGGGGCGAUGAUGGCUCAUUCGCUCAAUUUGAUCCCACUUUCGCCCAGUGGACAGCAGAACCCCAUAUCGCCGCGCCGUCCUUCCACAGUGAAUAGCUCAAACGCACGACCUGGGUCUAUGAACGAUGAUUCACCCAAGGUUUCCCGGGAUUUCAGCGUCGGCAGCCAAUCAUUCCAGUCCCCCCAGAUGGAAAGCCACUCCAGCCGCAGCAGCCGUUACCGGGCUGAUUCCACUCUAUCUGGCCGAAUCGUCCCAGGCACUCCAAAUCAACUACUACAGCAAGUCACCAGCUCUCCCGCCCCUGCCAGAACGAGCGACAUCGAGCCUUUCCCAAGCCUACCGAGACUCAGCCUAGAUACUCCUUUCCUGGAGGAUGUGAUCAACAGCUCCUCGCACUCGAGCAAUGCGCCAGCCUCCCCGACUGAUCGAUAUUCGGGAUUCUUCUCGUCCGCCAUGCCCAUGUCGGAUGCGCCAAGUGAAACUGUUGUGGAUGGACACUUUGAACGCAGCGCCCCUCCUAUGGGUCCUGCGACGUUGUUCUGCGCGGCGAGUGUUUAUGACUUUAACAUCGACGCUCGCACUGAGGGCGGAUAUCCCUAUCUAACUUACGCCUCCGGCGAUAUCUUCGACGUCAUAGGCGAGAAGGGCGAGCUCUGGCUUGCCCGCAAUCAGGACGAUGCCACCAGGACAGUUGGGUGGAUUUGGAACAAGCAUUUUGCCCGACUCAGCACCUGA